GACUCCAUCUGCGAAAACUUUCCGUGCUCGCUGGCUGCUUCUCCAGCCAGAUCGGGACUGCGAGCUCUCCGCCGCCCGUCCGUCGGGGGGUCGGUGGCGGUUAGGAAGGCCUACGCUUGCCGGGAAGACCCAGGAAGGAGUCGGGCUGCAGAGGAAACCGCGCUGUUUAAAAUACUUGAAGGAUGACUCAGUAAAGAGGCUGGGAAAUAAAAUUAGACCCUCUUAAUUGCAUCUUAUACUGAAAUACAAACUCUUCAGACCUCCAGUUGGCCAGGUGGUGAGUUCCAGGACCGGGUCAGGUACUACCACAGCUGCCAGAGAGCUCAUCCUAUCGGUUUUUGAGUGGGUUCUCACCAGCCCCACGCUCAGAAGGAUGGUGUCACAGUGUAAGGACCGACAGGACCCGCCUGUGGACCCCUGGAAAGGGAUCAGCUGUGACUCUGGAGACACUGAUGGUUGGCCCAGCCUCCUGGACUCUGACCACCCUGCUAGCCAAUUGGACAUUAGGUUCAGGAGGAACAGAGCUGCCUGGCUGAACGACCCCUGUGUACAGCCACCACUGCUGGACGGGCCCUCUCAGGGACCAACAGCGCAGAACACUGGGAAUCACCUUGGAGCAGCUGCAGACCCUCAUUUGCACCCUUCACCGGAGUCCCCUGGAGACUUCCCGACAGAAAUGCUGUUGUCUGAUGGUACUGCGGACUCUGCCCAUGGGUCAAGCGAAAAGGGGAGCGACUUUUUGGCUCCCACAGAAGAGGAGGGGGUGCCUCCAGGACCCUCUCAGCAGCUGUCUAUGGCCAUCAGCCCUAAGAAUUUGUCUGCUUCCCCCUUUCCUGAGGUUGGCAGUGCUUAUUUCAAGUCUUCUCCCUUGAUGAUUUCUGUGGACAAAGGUGCAGGUCAAGUGAACAGAAGAGCCAGUUCUUUGAAUUCCUACGUACCAGAGACAUUUAUACUGCCUUUUGACGUAGACAAGGAGAAUGCCCACUUUCACGUAACAGAUAUGAUCAUAUCAGCCAUGGAGAAAAUGAAGUGGGACAGGCAGAUUCAGCUGCAGAAAGAGAGCUGGAACAUAAAGAAAGCUAGGAAUGAUGAAGAUGGUCUGGAAGUGACCUUCUGCACCCCUCCAAAGCCCAAGCCCUGCUUUUCCACGUUUUCAGAGAGUGGCUGUGAAGGUUAUGCUGUGUUACCAGUGGUCAGCCCUAUGGCUGACACACCCUCUCCCUCCAGUGGAGGGAAGGCAGCCUGCAAGUGUGACUUGGAAGACUUUGUCAUUUUAGGAAUUGGGGAGUCUAAUGAUGUGACCAAAACCUGCAGAUGCUCCUGCCCUUCUAAGAGUGCUACUUACCAGCCAUCCUUCAAUUCUGCUGAGCUAUUAGCCACAGAGUUGUUCCGAGUAUUCCGGAAGAACUGGACCUUGUCUGUAGCUAGUUCUCAGGUGCCUGUUUUCCUGACGACAGCUGAUUCAAUAGUUGUGGAUGAAGAACAAAUACAGAACAAUUUUGAAUCUAGUGUAGAGUCAAUACAAGAAGUGAAAUCUAAGCCUAGGAUCAGAGGGCCUGAGGACUGGUCCCCACCUAGGUUUCAAAUCAUAUUUAAUGUUCAUCCACCUCUCAAGAGGGAGCUGGUGAUUGUGGCGCAGAACUUUGUCUGUGCAGGCUGUGGAACACCUGUGGAGCCUAAAUUUGUUAAGCGGCUCCGGUACUGUGAGUACCUGGGCAAGUACUUCUGUGCAUGCUGCCACUCCUCCGCUGAGUCCUGCAUCCCAGCGCGCAUCCUGACCAUGUGGGACUUCAGGAAGUACUACGUCAGCGAUUUCUCCAAACGCCUGCUCGAUAGCAUAUGGCACCAGCCCAUUUUUAACUUGAUGAGCACCAGCCACAGUCUGUAUGCGAAAGCCAAGGAACUGGACAGGGUGAAGGACAUCCAGGAGCAGCUGUUUCACGUCAAGAAGCUGUUGAAGAGUUGCAGGUUUGCUGACAGUGUGUUGAAGGCCUUUGAACAGUUGCCUGCACACUUAACUGAUGAACUCCACCUGUUCUCCAUGGACGACCUGCUCAGGACCAAGAAAGGAUUGCUGGCGCCUUUGCUCAAGGACCUUCUGAAAGCUUCUCUCACGCAUGUGGCAGGCUGUGAGCUGUGCCAGGGAAAGGGCUUCAUCUGUGAAUUUUGCCAGAGUGCGACUGUCAUUUUCCCAUUUCAGACCACAACCUGUAGAAGAUGCUCAGCCUGCAGAGCUUGUUUUCAUAAGCAGUGCUUCCGGUCUUCUGAUUGUCCUCGGUGUACCAGGAUCACAACUCGGAGAAAACUUCUGGAAAGUUUGUCCUCUGCAGCAACAUGAUGUCCCUAAGUGUUGUAGAAAAGACUGUGAACACACGUUAGGCAAGGAACCAUUUGUGUCUACUAGUAAUAUAAUUAUUUUAGGUAUUAAG